AUGGAAGAUUAUACUAUUGCUGUGUUAGGAUGUGGUGUUAUGGGUACUGCUGUUACUUCAGCUAUUCUCAAAGCCAAGUUUGAGCCAUACCCAUCAAAGAUUAUAUGCUGUACCAAUUCAGAAAAACUGUCGACCGAAUUAAAAUCAAAAUUAGAUAGCGACGUAAUAGAAACCUCAUAUGGGUCAGAGUCGAACAAUAAGGCUGUUUCAAAAGCAGAUAUUGUGAUUUUGGGAUGUAAACCAUUUAUGUUCAAGGAUGUUUACGAACAGGUCAAAGGCUCGUUAAGUGGUGAUCAAUUGAUUAUUUCGUUAUUAGCUGGUACCACAAUUGAAGAAUUGAGCAUUAUGUCACCUUAUGUUGCCAAGGUUAUGACCAAUACUCCAGCUCAGUUUGGUUGUGGUAUGGCUGUUGUUUCAUUCUCGGACGAAGCUGAGUCUAAGUACUCUGAUUUGGUCAUGAAGUUGAUUGAUCCAGUUGGAAAGGCCAUGAAAUUGCCAGAAAAGAACAUGGAUGCGGCCACUGCAUUAGUCGGUUCUGGACCUGCUUUCUGCUUGUUGAUUAUGGAAGCAUUGGUUGAUGGUGGUGUUAGAAUGGGGCUUCCAUAUGCUGUUGCGAAGGAAUCCGCCGCUAAAGUUAUGGAAGGUACUGCAAAGAUGGUCUUAGAAACUGGUGAACAUCCUGCUGCUUUAAGAAGUAAAAUCUGUACUCCUGGUGGAACUACAAUUGGUGGCUUACUAAAAAUGGAAGAUGCUGGUGUUAGAGGAGGUAUUGCAAGAGCCGUUGAAGAAGCUGCCAACAUUUCCGCCUCCUUUGCUAAAAAGAAAUAA